UCUUAGCACACUUAUAAUAUUCCGGCUGCAUCUGUACUAAGCUGAUGCGCUGGUUAUAUAUAGUUGAGAUGUACCAUGUCAGCCGUUAAACACAAGCGGUUUUGGCUGCUGUUGCUAGUUUCCAUCGUAUCGCUGUGUCUUACUUCUUUAGGCGUAUCGCACUGGGUACCUCUUCCAAACCUAACCUUCGAAGAUGUGUCCUCAUUUUCGCACAUUUACGAAGGUGGCAUAGCUUGCCUCCAACGGGGUGAGUGUGUGAUCUCCCUUUCCGAUUUUUUGGUAAAAGGUGUAUUUUGGAUUCCUGUAGAAUUCAAACUCAAUGUUAAUUCCGACGAUGUAGCAUCGCAAGAAUCAACUCUAUACCUGGAGAUACUCUGCUACGUUUUCAACGUUCUCUUGUUGAUAGCAAUAUAUGCGGCUGUUAGCUAUAUACUGUGGCUGCGCUACGUGAAUUUGCUUAGAGACGGAAUAAAGCUGCUCUUCAAGACUAUACGCCAGGUAGAUUGGCAUACACCUGUGUAUGCUAUUACUACGUUAUGUAAAACCGUGAGCUACAUUAUCAGGAAUGCGAUCUAUUAUUGGUCACAGACAUCACACCGUGAUCGUUACUUUAUUAUCUGUUGUACUGCUCUUAUCGCAAUCACAGUGUCCAUUCGUUUGGGGAUUGGACGACGCCGUUUUUGCAAUUUACUUCCACUAGGGGUAACAUGGUUCGUGUACGUUUACUCUCAGAAGUAUUUAUCCGGAAGGACGCAUCACCUUUUGUUACAUUAUGUAGGAUCAUACUAUCCACAUUUUUGCACCUUGCUGAUGUUGCGCCACUGUAGGAUGACCUGGCGUCCUCAUAUUAAGUUUAUCGAGAUUUUGGGGAGUCAUCAACGGAUAAUAAGUAAGAUGUCGUAUGUUUUGGAUUUGUUCGUUAUCCAUAACCUCCUUGAAAUCUGCUGUAAUGUCCCCCUAGUUGGCGGAUACAUUGUGCGUCACAAUCUGGUAGUGCGUAUAAUGUUUUACACAUCUUUGAUCAUGACUAUGCAUUGGGGACUGUCGGCGUGGCUAUAUGAAGAUUACCAAUUAGGCUUUGUCAAGCCAAUAAUCGUUGUCACUAUCGAUAGCGUAACGAAUUUCAUAGUUGGAUGGCCUAACAUCAUCAGUAGUCGCAUACAUACAACCAAGAAACAUAAAGGAUUAACUGAGCUGAUAUACGAUCGUUUAGGAGUUGAACUCAAGUUCUCGCCACCAUUUGUAUCGCACUUGUUUUCCCGUUUUGCCCCCCUGGCGAAAACAUUAAGGUGGAUAAAAUUAGUACCACAUUUGAUCGUACUGCUUCUACCGCGAGUAGUGCUAAGUCUAUAUGUUGCAUAUUUGACACUUCUGUCACCCUUGAUUCGCUACGUCCUGUUACCAUACGAUAGCCCAUUUACAUCGCAAAUGGUAGUUGCUUUCCAUUUCAUCAUUGCAGACGUCGUACGUUCAUUUGCAAGCUUCAGUAUAUGGGCAAUCUGGCCUCUGCGAGGUUUGAUGUGCAUUUUAUUACCAAUAUUAAUGGGUGGAGUUCAACACCUCGUUGAAGAUUUAACUCUAGAUCGCGAUGACCAGAAAAAAACUGAUAACUAAAUAAUCAAACUGUUUAUAUCUAUGGAUACCAACUAGCC